UUUUGUUUCGGAGCUCGCUGAACGAUGUGAGCUGUACCGUCUCCGGGUCUGCUUGGUAUUUCUGUGGUCGUCUUCUCGUCUUCCCGAUUUCCCUUUUUAAAAAAACUUUUUCUCGGAAAGGUUUCACUGUCGGUCGUCAUCGUGUCUCUCCCGGUGUCGCUCCCGGGAAGCGCGAGGCCGAGUCGUGCGAUGAUGGAGGACUUUGAUGAGAUCUACGAAGAGGAGGAGGAGGAAGAGGAGGACGAGGACAGGGCCGCGGAGGAGCAGCUCCUCAAGUACGCUCCGGACCCGGUGGUGGUGCGAGGGUCCGGCCACGUCACUGUGUUUGGGCUUAGUAAUAAAUUCGAGUCAGAAUUUCCUUCAGCACUUACAGGAAAGGUGGCACCAGAGGAAUUCAAAGCCAGUAUCAACCGUGUAAACAGCUGCCUGAGGAAAACACUCCCCGUGAAUGUGCGGUGGCUCCUGUGUGGCUGCCUCUGCUGCUGCUGUACACUGGGCUUCAGUUUGUGGCCUGUCAUCUGCCUCAGCAAGAGGACGAGACGAUCUAUAGAGAAACUUUUGGAGUGGGAGAACAGCAGACUUUACCACAAAUUGUGUUUGCAUUGGAGACUAAGCAAAAGGAAGUGUGAAACCAACAACAUGAUGGAAUAUGUAAUCCUAAUAGAAUUCCUACCUAAGAUCCCCAUCUUCAGACCGGACUAGGCCGACUGCAGCUGUUCAAAAACCUCCACUGCUGCCCAGCUCUGUCACAGAAUCACAAUGGCUGUAAAGCUCCCAAAUAACUACCCUUCCUGAAAUACUCCAGUAUUUGUGUUUACAUUGAUCCUCCCUUUUUUUUCUCUUUGACCCUUUCCCCCUACACAUACUUUAUCUACAGCCUUGUUUACAAAUCCAGCAGCCCCACACUUGUUUUCGGAAUUAAUUCACCUUUGAAACAUCGGGCAAACUGGCACACUGUUAUGUCACUGCAAACGUAUGCCCAUCUAUGGGAUUGUCAGAGGAGAACCAGCCAUGGGCAGUGUUACGGAUUUUGGAACUAGAACUAGAGCUGGAGACUUAGACUCUCGAAUUGAGGUCCGUGAGCCACAACUGGAAUAUUGUCACUUUUGUGUUCCCUAACCGAAGCACAUGGCACAUUCAGACCAUGAUAAAACAAACACUUUCAUAUGUCACGCCGCCAACUUCACUUGCAAAAAAUACACCCCAGUGCUUUUGUAAGAGUUGGUUUGGUGCUCCAGAUCCUUACCGAAGGCUGUGGAGGCAACAUAACAUGGAACUCCAAAGGAGCCUUCAUCCAAAUCAAUGCUGUAGCGGACAUACUAGUCUUACAGGAACAUGUUGGGCUGGUGGCCAGAAUAGCUGAACUCAGUAACGUCAGUCUUCAAGUACCGGACAUCCUCUCGCCUCCUCUCAUGUCUCUGCACACAUCACUGUGCAUCACCCUAACCCAGUGACAAUCACACACUCUGACUGUACUGUCCAUAGUAUGAAUGGGUCUUUGUGCUGCACAGUUUACCUGGAAUAAUUUGUCUUUUGGCAUUGUGUGCGUCCAGGUGAUGGGCUGGCUGCCUAGCAACUGCUUCUGAGUCACAGGGAAAUUGUAAGGACGGCCACUGGUAAUGAAGAGAGAAAAUAUUUUUUCUUCUCCUUUUUAAAAUUUCUUUUUUUUUUUUUAAGUAUCUUAACAUUUGUUUACUGUUAUGUUGAAAGAGAGGCAGUCGAUGCUUGUAAAACUGUUAUGUAUGUGUGUGUGUGUGUGUGUCAGUCAGAGAAACAAGCAAAAAACAGACAAAUCAGACAUGAAGAGAUGUUCUUUACUCUGUAAAGCAGGGUUCUUUCUUUGAAACAUUUCUUUGCCAUAACCAUUUUUUAUUUUAUUUUUUUGUAAUUUAUAAGUGUGUGUGUGCAUAUAAUGUGUGCAUUCAUGAAAUAGGCCUCUCUUAAUUUUUGCAAAGAAUUGCCAUGGUUGUUUCCUUUUUCUCUGUGGUCACGUGUCGACACGAAAGCACAGUCGCUUUGUCCUUAACACCUUUACAUGGCCUCUCUUACUUAUCUACUGACCUUGGCUCACUCAUAGGAGUGUUCCAGUUGAGGAUGUGGACGUACAUCAGAAAGUUCCUCUGUUUUAGAUAUAUCCUUUUUCAUUACAUUCAAAUGUUUAGGGUGAACAAGAGGAUUAGGUCCUCUUUGCUGGGUGUUACGUGAUACCAGGGUUCUCUAUCAUGAAGCAGGAUUGUGAAAGUUAGCUCUGGGUAGAACCAAGCUACAUACAGAUCAGCCACAUGGAUUUAAAAAGUUGCACUAACCAAUGUUUUUAUGUUAACAAAAAAAAAAUGCCUGUGCAGUGUGGAAAGAGGUUACUUAUAUUAGUGUUGACAUUUGACCCCGCACCCUUUUCUGCUCUACAAAGCUUUUGUGUCUUUCAGCUCAUUCUUUUGGCUUUCUGUCCUGCAGGUUUAUGGCCUGUUCUGACUGCGUGUGUCUUUUGGAACAAGCCAAAUAAUGUCACAUCUCUUGUCUUUAUUUGGACGUUUCAAAACUGUUCACACUUAAGGUAUCAUAGGAAACGUGCUUUUCACAGCGUGAAAAACUAUCUAAAAUUGACAGUUCCGCUAUGAGCUCAUCCAGCAUUUCCUGCAGUGAUGACCAGCUUUUUGGUGCAUACGUAGAAUAGGAUCUAGUAGUUGGUCCGCCAUAUUUUGAGUUUAGAUUCAAUGCCAAGUCACUGAUGUCCCACCACAUGAGACACAAGUUGCAGAUUUUGAUUCUCUGUUAACCAUUUUUCAAGGUUUGGUUAAAUUUGACUUCACUUCCAAAGAGGCCAAAUUGUACAUAUGUGACGCGCAUCCAAUUGGACCAGUCUCAAUGGCUGCAGUAGUUUUUAAAUUUACCUGGAAAUUAUAAAUGACACAUGCAAUGGGGACAGGCCUUUACUAUGCAGGUUUGCUGUCACUGUUCUCAUUAAUCUGGUUUGCAGCAGCAAUAUUCACAGAAAAAGCUCUGAUGAAUGACUGUCAGCUACAUGCUCAGCACUUAAAAGUACACUUAGAAAAUUCUUAGUGAACAUGCUGGAGCAUUUAGCCACUAAUGUCGCAGAUAUUUUCAUUAGAAGUUAGAGGAGAACAGUAAAGGACCUAAGAGGAGAGCACAUGUUGAGUUUGUUUGUUAAAAUGUUGUUUGCAAUAGCAACUUUUUAAGGUGGUGAUAUGCUCACAUGUUCAAUUAAUGUAGGUUUAAAUUUUACAAAAUAAUGUUCCGGGCACAGUUAAGUUCAGUUAUCCAGCUAACAAUCCUACUUCAUGAUAUAGGUGACUAUUCACAACAUAAAGCACAUCUAAUUUAUAAAACAUAUAUUUAACAUUUUGCCAGCAAGUAGGAAAAAAGAAGGCCUUUUUUGAGUUUAGUAAAUAUUUAGCUUUUCCCACUUUACACACCUUUUGUGGAAACAUCAAGAUAUGUGGACUGUGAGAAUAUGUACAUCAAGAAUUUGAUCAAGGCCACUUUUUUUUUCGUUCACUCAGCUCUGGUGAAUGUAUGGGUCGCACUCAGGGGAUUACAGUAGACAAACAAAAGAAAUGUAGCAUUGCAAAAUCUCUCUGUCAGGUAUGUUCCAAAGUUACACCAGGGUGUCAAGUAUAAUAUACAGAUCACACAUUACUUGAAUAGUUGUGAAACAAUGCAUUUGGAGUUUGUUCUGAAAUUGAAAAAGAUCCCUGAGAAAAGGUAACCAACGUCUCUUUUUUCUUCCUCUUUAGAUAGCAAAGGAAGCACAUCCACCAUGCACCCACAAAGACAGACGUAGUGUUAGUUUAUAUUUUACAAGACCCAAAUUCACUUGAUUACCACUGGUUUGCCUAUCGGUUCAUCAUCACUUUUCUACAUUUUUGAUUGUGGUCUGUUCUGUGUAAAUUAAGGCAUAAGGCCAUAUGCAUAUAUUUGUGGUGUGUGUGCAUAUAUGUGUAUGUGCACGGUGUAUGCAGAUGCAAAUGUUCUUCAUAGAUCUGACUGUGAUUGAAUCCUGCACAGAAAACGAGUCUUUUUUAUAUAAUCUUGAGUGUUCUGUGUGUACGUGUGCGUGAGGGAGAGAAAGAUAAAUGUACAUGACUCAUGACAGAUGUAUGUACAGUAAUAAACUACCAAUAAACAAGGCUAUGGGCAU